AAAAUACCAUCAGCUUGCAGUUCAAUGGUUUCGAAGUUCGCGCGAAGUCAAUUGAAAGGCUUCUUUGAAAAAUUGUAGCCCAAGGCCUGGUGAAUUAAAAUGGCCCAAAACAAGGACCAUGCACGCUCCGAAGCGGAACUUAUAUUAGGUUUACACGAUGUGAUUCGAGCACAAGAAAAGAAGAUACAUCGUCAGCAGAGCCAAAUAUCUCAUCUGAAUUUUAUGGUUGUGAAGUUGACCGAGGAUAGAGACCGCUUAGCGAGAUUAUUAUCAAGGUAUUCCAGCGAUUCAAGAGGCAGAAAGAUGGAGCGUACGAUUUAUUCCAUCCGAGAGGAUACUAAGAAAGCAGAUAAAAUUGACAGAGACGCUCUCUGUGAAUUCGACAUGGCAAGCCGAACUACCUGGUAUAUUGAUCUGUAA